AGGAAAUUUUGUAGCCAGCGCAAUUCCAAAAUCGCUGUCAAAAUUUAAUCUGAAAGGACCGAAAGGACGGAUAACUUUGGUGCUCCGUUUUGUAAUAUUUUUUCCAUCGUGUUUUGCAAGGGCGAAAGGAAAAGAAAAUGCUUCGUUCAUCAGCCACUCAGUUGCUCGGUGUUCUUCGAGGAACAGUGGGUUUGACCACAUCCCGUUUGGGGGCAGCUGGAUUGAUUCGACACUCGCACAGCAGUGAGAGCGCCGAAGAAUUCGAUGUACGCUACGAAGCCUACUUGAACCGGCCGGACAUUGACCACUGGGAGGCACGCAAGGCCAUGAACGACCUUCUCGGCAUGGAUUUGAUUCCGGAACCAAAAAUUAUUAUCGCUGGCUUGAAGGCUUGUCGUAGAUUGAACGAUUACGCACUGGCCAUCCGGUUCCUAGAGGGUUGCAAGGACAAAUGUGGCAACAAGGUCAAUGAAAUCUAUCCAUAUUUGCUGCAGGAGAUCCGCCCUACGUUGACCGAGCUGGGUAUUGAAACUCCGGAAGAACUGGGUUACGAUCAACCUGAACUUGCCCUCAAGCAUGUAUAUGACAUUCAUUAAACGGCCAUUCCGAUUGAUAGCCAAGUGAGUGUCGCCACAUGCAUUAGUUGAUUGAAAGAAACAAUUCAUUCGAACCUACGCUAAGCAAAAUGUAUGAUGGUGAUUAUGUAAUCAUUUUGUCACGAAUAGUCUGGCUUAAUAAAAAAAGUAUAAUAAAAUUGUAUUAAAAGAAA